AUGGAUGAUCUUCAAAGAUAUCAGUAUCGCCCAAUCCUUGAGAAUGAUGGUAUCCGUCUCCUCGAGCUGGAGCCUGAUCCAGAGCUCAACGCGAGGAUCAAAUGCUCGCUCAUCCACACCACAUUACACGAGUAUGACCACGACCUGAUCAAUCACUAUACUGCUCUCUCUUACGUCUGGGGAGGCUCCACGAUAUUGAAGUCCAUCCUUGUUGAGGGCCAUGAGUUCCGCAUCACUCCCAAUCUCGACUCAGCCUUGCGUUAUAUGAGGGAUCCAACGAGGAGAUGUUUGAUAUGGGCGGAUGCCAUUUGUAUCAACCAAUCGGACGACGAAGAGAAAAAUGGGCAAGUCAGACAAAUGGGUGAUGUCUAUCGACACGCCACGCACACGAUCAUCUUUCUUGGAGAGCCCACCCAAAACACUGACGCAGUUCUUAAUGCUGUGAGAUCCAACGCCACAUUAACUGUGGACAGAGAAGCCUUAGAAGCUCUUCCGUGGCAAGAAAUCCUAGCGAGACCCUGGUUUCAGCGAGUCUGGGUGUAUCAAGAACUGCUCUUCUCUGUCGACCCGUGGGUUCAAUGUGGAAGGGGUCGCGUACGAUGGGAGCUGCUCCACAAUACAGUGAAGUCUUUGACGCAAGCAAACCGAUAUGUGCACCCGUGGAAAGAUAUUUUGAUCAUGCAAGAGGGCAAGAAAAGCUUCUUCGAUCAAUCAGAUCAAUCAGAUCAAUCAGACGAUUGUGCACUAGCCUUUGUAUUCCGCCUUCUAGCAGUUCUCGACAACAGACGUGGUUUUGGAGUAUUGGACCCCCGAGACGUGCUUUUCGCUCAUAGUCGUAUCCUUGGGCCCUCCCCGAGAGAUGACAAGCAAAAUAAGUUGAUUGAUAUCGACUAUACGAAGGACUUUAUUGAUGUGUAUCGAGACAUUGUCCGAUACACACUGCCCAUUCUCAAGAAUUACAGAAUCAUUUCCUACGCUGAAUGCAACCCUCAGCUUGAUGGGAGAGGCGUAUCACAGGCGUCUCAGUUUCCAACCUGGGUACCGGAUUGGACUCAGAAAAAGCCCCUCUACCCACGACCUCUAUUAAGAGACGUAGCGACAUUGGAGAAAAUCUACGCAGAUCCCAAUGAUUAUCAAAUUAAGCCCUGCUUCUUGCAUUCUGAUCGACUUCUUCUUUGCGUCACCGGCGAACGAGUAGGCAAACUCUGCAUGGUGACAGAUUUGAUCACAAAGCAGGAGUUAUCUCUACAACUGAGGCCUGGCUGCAUGAAAGAAGGUCAGUAUACUCGGGGCACACGCAAAGCAAUUGAAUCUGUGAUCUUCCACCACUGGGAAACUUUACUUGACUUCCUCAUGUCUGCACCACCAAGCGAGCCCUCAUCCUUAGGAGGUGGUCGUCAGCCCAAGCCCAAGGAGGAGAUUAGUUCUUGCAUCUUGCGGACCGAUGUUGACUGGAUUAAAGGGGAUCUGACGGACCCUAUGCUGGCAGAAAAACGGGAACGGCUGAUUCGACAUCUUGUACUUCACUCAAUAUAUGAGGAUUCGGACGAAUAUCGUCACUUCCUAUACGGCAGACGAUUUGGCAAACUGCAAAACGGUCGUCUCGUUCUUGUUCCAGGAGGAGCUAGAGUAGGUGACAAGAUGUGCUUCUUUUGGGGUGAUUUCAUGGUUCCAUUUCUGCUGAGAGAAUAUGACCCGCUCAAUGGAGCCUCAGAUGUCGAAGCCGAAUUGAGAAAUGAUCACGGCGUCAAGGUUUCGACGAAGAUUACUCACUUUGAAGUUGUGGGUGAAUGUCUGAUAGAUGAACUGAUCGCAAGACCAGCGCACAUGGUAGAGUCUGUGUUGAAGCUUAAAUCUCAGCCGGAGUCAUUUGUAUUACACUGA